AUGAAUCGCUUUGGUGAUAUCGAUGUUUCAUUUAAGAGACUUCCACCUGUUUAUGGUUAUCAUGCUGAAAAACUUGUGCCGAUUGAAAAAGCACUAGAGCCUGUCGAACCUCAAAUUGAUGAACUGCCUCGUUUUAUAAAGAUAGCUAAACGUAAUUGUCAUUUUCCGUCAGAACAUGGACUAUCACGUGAUCAAUCAGCUGCUGUUUAUAUCUAUACAAUGGAAUGGGGUGAUACUACUUUAUAUCGUGUAUUAAAUAAAGCACUACGAUCUGAAAAUCGGCAAGCAUUAAAGAUAUGGUUUCCAUAUUUAAAAUUAUUUGAUACGGCAUUGGAUAAGUUACCUACUGUUAAAGAGGCGGUAUGGAGAGGUGUGCCUCUUGAUAUUGGCAAAAACUUCACCAGAAACCAAAUUGUGACGUGGUGGAGUAUUAGUUCAUGUUCGUCAUCAGUCAAAAUUAUUGAAAAUUUUAUUGGCAACGGCAAAAAUGCAACUCUUUUUUUAAUUGAAGCUAUUAAUGGAAAAAAAGUUGCUGGCUAUACAGAGUAUGAAACUGAAGAGGAAAUUAUUUUACGAAUCGGCUCACAAUUCCGUGUGAAGAGCGAU